CUUUAUAAGACCGCAGCGGCGCGGGCGCUGUCCAGCGUGCUGAAGCCGGAGCGAGCAAGCUUCCCGGAGACGCGCGGACCCAGCGGAGUCCAGCCUACUGGACGCCAGACCUUGCCCGUCGCUCGUAUCCCAGUCAUCUCUCCAAGCCAAGGCGAACGCAUUCAGAUCUUCCCCUGUCCCCACCCUGCCUCGACCCUCCUCUUCACCACCUGCGUCGUGACACCAGCUGUCUCGGACAGUCCGGUGGUCAUGAAAUCGCUCAGGUUGCCGGCUUCCUCCCUCUUCUGCUUCCUUCUACUGCUGAAGGGGCUGGAAGGAGCGCCCCCCGGGCGCCCUGAGGCGAAGUCACCUCCUUUCCCCUCUGAGCAUAAAGAGCCGGUAGCUGGGGACGCAAUACCCUGGCCAAAGGAUGGUCCCGUUCCAGAGGUCCGAGCCGCUCGAAAUUCGGAGCCGCAGGACGAGGGAGAGCUUUUCCAGGGGGUGGAUCCCCGGGCGCUGGCCGCGGUGCUGCUACAGACUCUCGACCGCCCGGCCUCGCCCCCGGCGCCAGGCGGCUCCCAGCGGGGGCCAGAGGAAGAAGCAGCAGAAGCUCUGUUAACCGAGACAGUGAGAAGCCAAACCCACAGCCUCCAAGCGCCAGAGACCCAAGCACCCGCGGCUCCGCCUCUCCCUCAGACUCAGGAAAACGGUCCCGACGCGGGCGACCCCUCCGAGGAGCUCGAGGCGCUAGCUUCCCUGCUCCAGGAACUGAGAGAUUUCAGUCCGAGCAGCGCCAAGCGCCAGCAGGAGACCGCAGCAGCAGAGACGGAAACUCGCACCCACACGCUGACCCGAGUCAACCUGGAGAGCCCCGGGCCUGAGCGCGUGUGGCGCGCUUCCUGGGGAGAGUUCCAGGCGCGUGUCCCAGAGAGCGCGCCGCUGCUGCCCCCGGCUCCUCAGCAAUUCCAGGCUCAUAUGCCCGAGAGUCGCCCCCUUCCCGAAGCCCGCCAGUUCGGGGGGAAAGUGCCCUCCCCCAAAACACACCUAGGUGAGGCGUUGGCACCCCUGUCGAAGGCGUACCAAGGCCUGGGCGCCCCCUUCCCCAAGGUGCGCCGGCCGGAGAGCUCACUCCUGAGUGGCUCCGAGGCGGGGGAGCGCCUUCUACAGCAAGGGCUGGCUCAGGUAGAGGCAGGGCGGCGGCAGGCGGAGGCCACCCGGCAGGCGGCUGCGCAGGAAGAGCGGCUGGCGGACCUAGCCUCGGACCUGCUGCUCCAGUAUUUGCUGCAGGGCGGGGCCCGGCCACACGGCCUGGGGGGUCGGGGGCUGCAGCAAGAGGAGAAGGAGCAGGAGAGUCAGAGGGAGGAGGCGGAGCAGGAGAGACGCGGCGGUGAGGAGAGGGUGGGGGAAGAGGACGAGGAGGCAGCGGAGGCGGAGGCGGAGGCGGAGGAGGCGGAGAGGGCGCGGCAGAACGCGCUGCUGUUCGCCGAGGAGGACGGGGAAGCCGGAGCGGAGGACAAGCGCUCCCAGGAGGAGACGCCUGGCCACCAUCGGAAGGACGCUGAGGGGGCAGAGGAGGGCGGGGAGGAGGAGGACGACGACGACGACGAAGAGAUGGACCCACAGACGAUCGAUAGCCUCAUUGAGCUGUCCACCAAACUCCACCUGCCAGCGGACGACGUGGUCAGCAUCAUCGAGGAGGUGGAGGAGAAGCGGAAGCGGAAGAAGAACGCCCCUCCUGAGCCCGUGCCACCCCCACGGGCUGCCCCCGCCCCUACCCACGUCCGCUCCCCUCAAUCCCCGCCCCCCGCCCCCGCCCCCGCUCGAGAGGAGCUGCCAGAUUGGAACGAGGUGCUCCCGCCUUGGGAUCGGGAGGAGGUGGAGGUAUUUCCCCCGGGGCCCUACCACCCUUCUCCCAACUACAUCCGGCCUCGGACUCUGCACCCUCCCGCAGCCUCGCGCCGCCGCCACUACCACCACGCCCUGCCGUCUUCGCGCCACUAUCCUGGCGGGGAGGCCCAGGCACGGCGAGCGCAGGAGGAGGCGGAGGCAGAGGAGCGCAGGCUGCAGGAGCAGGAGGAGUUGGAGAAUUACAUCGAGCACGUGCUGCUCCAACGCCCGUGACAGGCCCCGCCCCCGAGCGCCCACGCGGCGCGCAGGCACCCCCCUCCGUGUCGCUCCUGUCCCUGUUGGGUGUUUGCAUGCGUCCCGACCCCGCCCUCGGCCCCCGCCCUCCCCCCCUGGGCUGUGCUGGGAACCUGUCAGACCUCUUCCGGGGUCCAAAACCCGAACUCCCCAAACUCACUCUCGGGUAUUCCAGGGCCAGCCCAGGCGGGCAGGUGGUUUGUGCGAGUUCUCUCCCCUCACGGGGAGCUGCCCCUAUUUAGUCUCCUAGUUCCAGUUGUGUCUGUCUCCUGCCCUUUCGGCUUUCCACAAGCCUCUCCACCCUCUCCCGAUCUCUGUGAAUUUACCCUUCUUUUCCCUUAUCUCUUGUAAAUACCCCUCACGGAGGAAAUAGUUUUGCUAAGAAAUAAAAGUGACUAUUUUAUUAGGA